UCCUAGGGGGACUAGUGAAAAUGGUCCACGAGAGGGAUUUUCCUUGACAAUUAUUUUCGUCGUCGGGCAUUACAAUACGGAGCAUUUUUUUACCCACAUAAUCUUUUUGUGUAAAGGCUGAAACAUGGGACGAAGUCGAAGCAGAUCACCAGCACCACGACGGGAGAGGCGUCGAUCGCGUUCGACUUCACGGGACCGCGAGAGACGACGUCGGGAGCGAGAACGUUCCAGGUCUCGAGACAGACGUCGGAGCCGUUCGCAUUCUCCACACAGGCGGCGUUCCAGGUCCCCUCGCCGCACCUCCCGCUCUCCCUCUCGACAAAAGGAUAGACGUGAUGACGACAAGAAGGAGCAGAAAGACAAAGCUGUGAAAGUACAUGAAAUAUCGGAGGAAGACAUGCAGGGCAAGACUGAAGAUGAGAUAGAGAUGAUGAAAUUAAUGGGAUUUGGAUCAUUUGAAACCACCAAGGGUAGGAAGGUAGAUGGAUCAGUCAAUGCACAUGCAGUCAAUGUCUCAAUGAAGAGAAAGUACAGGCAGUACAUGAAUCGGAAAGGUGGAUUCAAUAGACCACUGGAUUUCAUCGCCUGAGCCUCUGCAAACAGUGAUUGGGCGUUUUUCAAAUGUAUUCCAGGACUUCUUAAAAUGGUGUGAUCAAUGCACUAUAGAUGUGUUUUAUACUAGAGUGUCUGUUUUUCCUCCUGGACCACUGACUGAUUUCCACAGAUGUACGGCUAAGAUUUAGAUCCCAGAAGCAUACAGUGCUGCAGGAGUUUUUGUUUUAUUUUAAGGAAUGACACGGCAGAGAGUCUCCUUUCCAGAUGUCAACCUAUGUGCAAUGUUCAUACUAAAAAUAAACCAUGAAUCCUUGAA